GCGGGGGAGGCAGAGAGGGAGAGGGAGGGAGGCAAGGAGGAAGGAACGGAAAGUUUAUGUACAUAAACCUUUUUUAAAAAGUAUUGUUGCACCUGGUAGCUAGCUUUCGUGACACAGAAAUGAGAGGUCUGUUCAGUGCUUAAAUAGCUGAGAAACAAUGGGAUAGUGCAGGAAAGUUAACAAUUAACAGUCUCAGCUUAAAUUUUGUAACUGCAGGGAACUGGAAACACAGCUGCCUCUCUCUUCAACAAAAGCGGGUCUCCUGGUUAAGAGAAAAAUUUUUAACAUCUUAAGUUCUGAAAAAUAAGCAGCUUAGAGUUGAAUGACUAUCGUUCAGCUAUGGUUUUAAUCAGCCUGCUCAUACUUAACUAUCUCUGCUCAUUUUAAAAAAGAGCAGCUGAGAGAGGAAUAGGGAGGCUUUUGAAAUGCCUUUUACUUUGCUCUCUUAAAUGAGGGUACAGAGCAAUAAAGAGAGUUGAAGGCAUCCAGCUGAAAAGAAGCAGCAAGGAAGAUGGGUCUGCUAAGUGUGGAUUUGCUGAUCACGCUUCAGAUCUUGCCGGUCUUUUUCUCCAAUUGCCUCUUCCUUGCGCUGUAUGACUCUGUGAUUCUCCUGAAGCACAUGGUGCUGUUUCUGAGCCGCUCUAAGUCUGGGCGCGGUGAAUGGAGGAGGAUGCUGACCUCGGAGGGGCUGCGCUGCGUCUGGAACAGCUUCCUCCUGGACGCCUACAAGCAGGUCAAACUGGGAGGAGAAGCCCCUAACUCCAGUGUAAUCCACAUAGCCAAGGGCAGUGAUGGUAGCAGUAGCAGCUGGAAGAAUGUUGGUGGCAAGUGUGGAACCAAAUGCCACCUUCUGGACUUUGCCAACUCUGAGCGGCCACUGGUGGUCAACUUUGGCUCAGCUACCUGACCACCGUUCACAAGCCAGCUGUCGGCCUUCAGCAAGCUGGUGGAGGAGUUCUCUGGUGUGGCUGACUUUCUGUUGGUCUACAUCGAUGAAGCUCACCCAUCAGAUGGCUGGGCUGCUCCUGGAAUCUCUCCCUCUUCAUUUGAAGUUAAGAAACACAGGAACCAGGAAGAGAGAUGUGCAGCUGCUCACCAGCUUCUGGAACACUUCUCCUUGCCACCUCAGUGCCAAGUGGUGGCUGACUGCAUGGACAACAAUGCCAACGUGGCUUACGGGGUUUCAUUUGAGCGAGUAUGCAUUGUGCAGAGACAAAAAAUCGCCUACCUGGGAGGCAAAGGCCCCUUUUUCUACAACCUGCAGGAAGUUCGGCUUUGGCUGGAACAAAACUUCAGCAAAAGAUGAAAUCCAUUCUCUACAGAAGCUAUGUUAACAGAUAUGUCCCUUUAAGGAGAUGCAAAAGGGAAAAAAAAGAGAACGUGUUGGUUUGAAUAAAACCUUUCAGACGAUCGCAGGAGAACACAUUUGAUAACAAUUUCAAGUGAAUGUUAAUGAGGAAAAGAAAAUUUAAAAAAAUCUAGCUCCACAGAAACAUUGUCUGAAAAAAAAUCCCACUCCUGUGCUUGCUGUAGAACAGAAGAGGUGAACAAGCUUCUGUGAAAAGGUGCUGCUGGCAAGCAGGAAGAGUGGUGAGAUAAGACCUGUCUCCCAGGAACACCUCUCAUGAUGUGUCAGCUCUGGGGUGAGCCAGAGGAAGCAUUUCUGCUUGGAAGGCAUUCCAUGGAAAGGCAGUGCUAUGCAUUAUUUCAGAAAUGCUUCUUUAGCCCUCUGUGGCCAAUGCAAAGAACCUGGGAGGAGCAAGAAGUUUGCAAUUACUUGCAUAGAAAUGCAGUGGAGUGUAGUGAUUGUCCUCUCUUGGUAGAGAAGUUAUUGUUUAGGGACUGCGGGAACCACCAUGCAAUGCAUAGCUCAGGCAGACUGGCUGCUCAGAUCAAGAUGAACCAUUUUCUGCUGGUAUUUGUACUCUCUGUGGACACCUCUGCACAGCAUAUUAACUAUGUAAUGCUACCUAUAUGUUUGUGUCUGGUAUGCAGGCCUGUGCCUGCUGAGAAAGAUGUUAAAAUUUGUGGAGUUGGAUCAAAAAGACAAAGGAUAUCCAAUAAGCCCAUUACCAUUUGAAAACUAAAAUAGUUAGACUAUUUAUAACAAAACAUUGAGAACCAUCUAGAGCAUGUACCAUGAGACAAAACUCAGAUGAUGUCAACCAAACCUGUGGUUCUCAGAGCUGACAACACACAUUUAACAAUAUUCUCUGGUUCUCAUCUCUGUUUCUUUACCCCACCUCCAUCUGUUUCUCUCUAGCAAUAGGCUUAAAGGUAAUUUUUAGCUUCUAAAAAAAUAACUUAUUUCUCUCCUUUAUUUUUAUUUGAGAUAAUGACCUUGCAGGUGUAUUUUGGGGAUGGGGGAACUUAUGCACAACUUUACCUCAUUGAAAUGGAAACCUAUCCUGUCAUUUACCCUGUUAAAUGUAGUCAUGCUGAUUUUUGAUAUCUUAGAUACCUGAAACUAGUUUAUAGCUAGUUUAUCUGAAUAUGAUUAUAUGUUAGUUUAUCUGCAGGUUAAGUUGUUUGUUGCCUUAGAAUUGAUUAGCUGCAGUUCUGCUAACAGAUGAGCUGAUAGUCUGUUUCACUCAUGUUCUCAAAACCUUCCCAGAAGGGAAACAGGGAGGACAAAUAGUGUGAAUUAAUGUGAAUGAGUGUAAAAGGUGGUAGAAUUGUCCUUCAAAUGGAUCUGAGGAAUUAAUCUUAUGUUUAAAGAGAUACUGUGAACUUAGAGUAUGCAUUAAGUAUUUCUAAAACUAAAAUAAUUUGAUCAAGCCUAA